AUGAAUGGAACGACGUUUGAAGACCAGAAUGAUGAGUCUGACAACACGCCGCUCACGCCAGGGAGAAUGGCUGAAUUCUUCGGAUUUAUCAAGUCAUUGCGAGGUUUCGGAGGAGAUUUAUCCGCCAUCACCGCUCCGGCUUUCAUCCUCAGCCCGACAUCGUUGACGGAGUUUCCAUCUUAUUGGUGCGAAGAUCCAUACCUCUUUGUCGCGCCAGCGAAGGAGGGCUCCAAGGUCCUUCGUGCCCUUGCAGUGUUGAAAUGGUAUCUGAGCACUCUUCGGGCGGAAUGGUCCAAGCAGCGUGGGAUGAAAAGGAAACCUUUGAACGCCAUCCUUGGAGAGCUUUUUCUGGCCCACCGGGAGGAUGGGGAGAAUGGAAAGACAGAGCUUGUGGUCGAGCAGGUCAGUCACCAUCCGCCAAUUACGGCAUAUCACAUUCGAAAUGAAAAGUACAAGGUCACAUUGGAAGGCUAUCAUCGGCAGAAAACAUACUUCAGGGGCAGGCCUUGCAUUGACCGAAUUGGACAUGUCUUGCUCCACCUGGAUGCCUUUGACGAAGACUAUCUGGUCACCCUACCAGGCCUUCGUCUAGAAGGACUGAUUCCUCCGCCGCCCUACCCAGAAAUCGAAGGCAGGAACUACAUUGUUGGCGGCAAUGGCAUCAUGGCCGAAAUCGAGUAUUCCGGCCGAGCGUGGUUGAGGGGGAAGAAGAACUCGUUUCAUGCCAAGCUCUACCAUGAAGGGCAUGCCGGCUCUCCACUGUUUACCGUCCGAGGUCAGUGGGUGGGCGGCGCGUUUACCAUCUACGAUUCAGCGAGGAGACCGAUUGAAGUGGUGGACACGGCGGCGGCACGCAACCUCCCGGCGAUGGUGGUCAAGCCUUUGGAGGAGCAGGGUCCGUUAGAAAGUAGGCGGGUUUGGCACAAGGUGUCUGAGGCCAUUAAGCAGGGCGAAACGAGCACUGCCAGUAGGGAAAAGCACAAGAUUGAGGAAGAACAGCGGGCGCUUAGGAGGAAAGAGCAGGCAGAAGGCAUCGAACGACAGCCUAGAUACUUCAAGCUGGGGGAAUGGAGGCAGGCGGAGAAGCUACUGGCAAAGGCCGGGAUGGACAUCAGGAGGGAGGAGACCAAGGGCAUCUGGCGGUGGGUUGGCGGGCAGUGA